AGCCAGCGAACCCCGAGGAGGAAGAGGAGGAGGAAGCAGGGGAAGCCGCCGCCACCCCGCUCAGCGGACCUGGGCGCGCGCGUUGUGCUCGCCGGUGACCGUGCCUCAAGCCCCCAACCCACACCCUGGUUCAGUGGGCACUGCCUUGGCGACCGUUUGUCCAGCCAUUGUCCUUCUGUGUCCUGAAGCCAGGAGAAGAUGCCCGUGACCCCUGCAGGCACGAGUCCACUCGUCUGUACUCCUCAGCUGUGCUGGGUGGCUGACGGGCCCUGACCCACAGCAGGGACUUCCACGGAGCAGAGGCACCAGGCGGAGCUGCCAGGACACGCAGGCCCAUGGGGAAGGAGGCUGUGGUCACCGCAGACCUGGGGCAGACUACAAGGGGCCGCGGGCCGUGACAGAGGUGUUCCCCGUCCCCAGCACUCGCACCACGUGGCCAUGCAGCUUGGGACAGGACACGGCUGAGAGUGCGGACCGCUCCCCGUCCCACCCCGUCUCCCCUCUGGGAGCUGCCGCCCAGCCCCCCACCGGGUCCCCUUGGGUAGGCUAAGCAGGGUCUUCCGCAAGGGUCCCGAUGGCCGGGCGCGGGUGGGGUGUGCUGUGGGUGUGCGUGGCGGCUGCCACCCUGCUGCACGCGGGAGGGCUGGCCCACGGCGACUGCUGGCUGAUCGAGGGUGACAAGGGGUUCGUGUGGCUGGCCAUCUGCAGCCAGAAUCAGCCUCCCUACGAGGCCAUCCCGCAGCAGAUCAACAACACCAUCGUGGAUCUGCGGCUCAACGAGAACCGCAUCCGCAGCGUGCAGUACGCCUCGCUGAGCCGCUUCGGCAACCUCACGUACCUCAACCUCACCAAGAACGAGAUCGGCUACAUCGAGGACGGCGCCUUCUCGGCCCAGUUCAACCUGCAGGUGCUGCAGCUGGGCUACAACCGGCUGCGCAACCUCACGGAGGGCAUGCUGCGGGGCCUGAGCAAGCUGGAGUACCUGUACCUGCAGGCCAACCUCAUCGAGGUGGUCAUGGCCAGCGCCUUCUGGGAGUGUCCCAACAUCGUCAACAUCGACCUGUCCAUGAACCGCAUCCAGCAGCUGAGCAGCGGCACCUUCGUGGGCCUGGCCAAGCUGUCCGUGUGCGAGCUGUACAGCAACCCCUUCUACUGCUCCUGCGAGCUGCUGGGCUUCCUGCGCUGGCUGGCCGCCUUCACCAACGCCACGCAGACCUACGACCGCAUGCAGUGCGAGUCGCCGCCCGUCUACUCCGGCUACUACCUGCUGGGCCAGGGCCGCCAGGGCCAGCGCAGCAUCCUCAGCAAGCUGCAGUCCGUCUGCACGGAGGACUCCUACGGGGCCGCAGUCGAGGUGAUCGGGCCCCACCUGGUGCCAGGUCGCUCACAGCUGGGGCGCUCACCGCCACCACCGCCACCUCCCGAGCCCAGCGACGCGCCCUGUGCCUACGACGAAUGCUUCUCCGGUGACGGCACCACCCCGAUGGUGGCCACGCUGGCCACCCAGGCCGAGGCCCGUCCCCUCAUUAAGGUCAAGCAGCUGACCCAGAACUCGGCCACCAUCACUGUCCAGCUGCCCAGCCCCUUCAACCGCAUGUACACGCUGGAGCAGUACAACAACAGCAAGCCCUCCACCGUGUCCAAGCUGACCCAGGCCCAGGAGGAGAUCCGCCUGACCAACCUGUACACGCUCACUAACUACACCUACUGCGUGGUGUCCACCAGCUCCGGGACCCAGCACAACCACACAUGCCUCACCAUCUGCCUGCCCAAGCCGCCCAGCCCACCCGGGCCGGUGCCCAGCCCCUCCACGGCCACCCACUACAUCAUGACCAUCCUGGGCUGCCUCUUCGGCAUGGUGCUGGUGCUGGGUGCCGUGUACUACUGCCUGCGCAGGCGGAGGCGCCAGGAGGAAAAGCACAAGAAGGCGGCGGCAGCGGCGGCGGCUGGCAGCCUGAAGAAGACCAUCAUCGAGCUCAAGUACGGGCCAGAGAUGGAGGCGCCUGGCCUGGCUCCGCUGUCCCAAGGCCCACUGCUGGGCCCUGAGGCUGUGACCCGCAUCCCGUACCUGCCCGCGGCCACUGGCGAGGUGGAGCAGUACAAGCUGGUGGAGAGCGGAGAGACGCCCAAGGCCAGCAAGGGCAACUACAUCGAGGUGCGCACGGGGGAGGCUCCGGAGCGCAGGGACUGCGAGCUGGGCCGGCAGGGCCCGGACAGCCAGAGCUCCGUGGCUGAGAUCUCCACCAUCGCCAAGGAGGUGGACAAAGUCAACCAGAUCAUCAACAACUGCAUCGAUGCGCUCAAGUCCGAGUCCACCGCCUUCCAGGGUGUCAAGUCCGGGGCUGUGUCCACAGCCGAGCCGCAGCUGGUGCUGCUGUCCGAGCCGCUGGCCGGCAAGCACAGCUUCCUGUCGCCCAUGUACAAGGACGCCUUCAGCCACGGCCUGCAGCGGCACCACAGCGUGGAGACGGCGCCGGGGCCCCCGCGGGCCAGCACCUCCUCCAGUGGCGGCUCCACACGCAGCCCGCGGGCCUUCCGCGCCGAGGCCUCAGGUGUGCACAAGGCGGCCGAGGCCAAGUACAUCGAGAAGAGCUCACCAGCAGCCGACACCAUCCUCACUGUGACGCCCGCGGCCGCCGUGCUGCGGGCAGAGGCCGAGAAGGGCCGCCAGUACGGCGAGCACCGGCACUCGUACCCCGGCUCGCACCCGGCCGAGCCCCCGGCACCGCCCCCGCCCCCGCCCGCCCACGAGGGCCUGGGUGGACGCAAGGCGUCCAUCCUGGAGCCCCUGACCCGGCCGCGGCCCCGCGACCUGGCCUACUCGCAGCUGUCCCCACAGUACCACAACCUGAGCUACUCCUCCAGCCCCGAGUACACCUGCAGGGCCACCCAGAGCAUCUGGGAGCGCUUCAGACUGAGCCGUCGGCGGCACAAGGACGAGGAGGAGUUCAUGGCCGCCGGCCACGCCCUGCGCAAGAAGGUCCAGUUCGCCAAAGACGAGGAUCUGCAUGACAUCCUGGACUACUGGAAGGGCGUGUCCGCCCAGCACAAGUCCUGAGCCCUCGGCCGGGCACCCCGUGCCUCGCCAGCCCUCCCCGAAACUCGUGAUGCCCACUGGACCAAAAAGGAUACGAGAUCCACCGCAGCUAUUUGUAACUCAGAGACUCUCACCGGGGAAACCCGACGCACGCGCACAACACAGGAAGGUCAGAGCCAGGCCCUGCGGACCGCGGGGAGGGGCCGUCAACCCGGACGGGUCAGGCGCUUGUCCUGAGGCGCAGCACCUGCGCUGAGGUGCGCGGGCCAGCAGACCGAGGGAGCAGCGCGCGUGCGCACACACACGCACAUACAUGCACACACACGCACGCACAUACAUCCACACACACGCACACACCACACACACAUACACGCACCCAUACACACACACGCACAGAGGCACACGCACACACAUGCACACCGGGGACUUCGGAAAACUGUGUCUUAGGGGUGGGGGUGGGGGAUUUUUUUUUUCAUUAUCUUUCCUCUUUUGACUCUUCUCUGCCUUUUCUCUUUUCCUCUUUCUCUUUCUUUUCUUCCUUUUUUUAAAAAAAAUAAUAAAAGUAAAAUUCUUUACAAGAUAAAACCCUUAUCGUGGGGGGGGGCGUGGCCAACAUGGUCGCCUCAUACCCCUCACCCCGCGGGACCUCCCAGUCUGUGGUCUUCUGUGGACUCUCUGUCCAGCCCGUCUCUUCGUUGCCACCUCCGGAGGCCACCGCAGAGGGACAGAACAGAUGCAAGGCGGAGCGGCCUCCAGGACCGUCCUGAAGCUGCGGACUCGGUUGGGAGGUGGAGGCCGUGCCUGUGGACGGGCGGGGUGGUGGAGGGGCUCGGCUGGGAAGCACUGUGCACCCCCAGCCCGGUCCCUGGUGUAUACUCGAGUCGUUCCAUUGUACAGAAAAAUAUUUCUAUAUUUGCAAUGUUUGCUGUAAAAUGAGAAAGAACAACAACAAAAAAAUGACUAUGUCUACUAAAAAAAUAUCUGCAAAGGAAAAA